AGUCGCUCGAGAGCAGCGGCGAAGUGCGGACUUAUUGUGUGUUAUAUAACGAACUUUUUGUGUUUUAUAUUUUAAUAAAUGGUGAAUAACAAUGACUUGUGUUACUUUCUGCAUAGUGUGCGCUGAGUGUGGUAAACUGUGAGGAAGCGAUGCAAUUUCGCUCGCUGCUGCCAGAGGAAUCGUGUGCCGGCAUGAAGGGUCAACCGGUUUGGACGACGUCACCUCCCGGGGAGCCUCUGGUUCGAGCCCCUGUUGGAAAGCCAAGAUGUCCUCCGGCUAUAUCCAGGCUGCGCGUAGAGAAAGUAGAAGGCGGUCUUGCAGUGGCAGGUGUUGUCGUUGCUGCCAAUUGCCAGAUCGCAUUACCGAUAUUCGGAUUUCUGUUCAUGCUAGUCGGAUGUGUGCUUACAGCGGCUUCGUACCGCGGCUGCGGUGAGAACGAGGAGCCCGACCACUACGCGGCGCGGAUCGCGUUCACUGGUAAUUCGAGGGUACUCGGUCCUGUCUGCAUCGUUACUGGUGCGCUUAUGACCAUCGCUGGUAUAGUUCUAUGCAUUUUGAUGCGCGCCGCCCAACGUCGACAACGCCGACUCGCCUUCCACUGUCCAAUUCACGGAGACUUCUACCCUCUUAGUCCUCAGAACAGUAGAAAGUAUUCCCGCAGCCCGAGCGGGCUGUGGAGGAGGCUGCGCGCCUGGCUGGGCAUGGAGGAGGAGGGCGAGGCGGCGCGCUGCCCGCGCUCCGCGGAGCCCGCCUCGCCGGCGCGCGCCGACGCUCCCUGCCCGCCCCCCUUGCCCUUCCUCGUGCCCUCCGACUCCGUCGUAGGGAUGGCAUCAGUUUUAGGAGCUCCGCUUAGUCCUGAACAAACCUUCGGCUCUAUCAAGUCCUUGGCGAUAUCGAGGGAUGUCGCUAGUUUUCCAUUGUCGCGCUCUCCGACUCCGCCGCCUCUGAGCUGUCCUCCAUUCAAAGAGGAAUCGAAGAAUCUGGGUGACAUACCGAAUGCGAUCAUACCUCAGCCCGAAUUCGACCGUGGUGCUCCCACGUGCAACUACCACGUUGUCGAGUGCAAAAUCACAACUACCGACGAAAUACGCCGAAGUGGUCCAGCAAGCGCCAGUGUCCACAUCACAGAUAGGCAAAGACCUAAAACAGUGUCAGUCAAUAUACCCGAUGAGGGUAAAGGUUAAUAAGACAAUGAACUUAAACCAUAGACAAUAUAUAAAAUUUGUUCAAAAUAUCAAUAUUGUGGUGAGUGCGCUGUGUAUUAUGCCGAAAUGUGGUAAAAUUAUUUGGAUAAACAUAAUUAUACAUUUUUGUACAACAAUAAUGCGCAUUUAUUUAUAACUGGAAGGAAAUAGGUUGAAUGAAUGGUCGGUAUUCAUCUUGGUCACUGAUCAAAUCCACGUUUAAAUAUCUUUAUCUGCUCAAAUUUUCACAGUCGUCUUCCGCUGCUGUGCUCACCUGUUUGAUUAGUUCUCAGAAAUUAAAUUAGAACACAUUUUUGGAAACUAGCAAAAUUUUAACAUAAUGAAAGAAAACAAAUUUGUAACUACAUACAUACUUAACAGUUAAUAAAAAUCGCGUUUAGUAACUUUUAGUAACGCAAUUUCUAUCACACGCAAUUUUUAUUAACGAGGUAUUACAAAUUUCACUCCGCAUUUACAUCUGCUAUUUGUUAUUUUAAUUAUUAUUACUUGCAAUUGAGUUUAAAAAUUUAAUCUGUAAAUACAUUUAAUGUAAUACUUUGUAUUAAUAAUGGAGCCCUAUUGGUGGUAUAUUACAGCAAAAUACUGCGCCAAAUUCAUAGAUCAAAUAUUGUGAAAUGUAACAUUGGAGUCCUAUUUAUAAUUUUUCAAUCAAUUUUUAAAGGCACGCAUCUCUUUAGCACACAAAGAAGAACUAACCAAGCGAUAUUUAACCGCGCCCACACCCGGUAGAAGAGCUACUAUUUCAUUUCAAAACUCACGAAAUCGCAGUUUUGUAUGAAUUCCUACCCGCCGCGGAGGCGGUAUAUCGCAAUAUAGCGGAUGAUCGCAAGUCGGGCGGGCGCAAGGUGGGUUCUUUUGCGAUAGAUAUAUUAUCAAUAAAGAUCACACCGCUAUGCGUCCGUGUUCCUCGCAAGUUACGACCGCAGAGUGCAAUUUCAAUCGCGGCCUACCCGAUUCUACUAGUGCAUCGGCAGCCGCAAAAAAAACCGUACGCACCACGAGAAUAAAUCACAUCGCGAAAUUUACCUACAUUUUUUAUAUUCAACGCGUAUCGCGGUCCCACUAACGUUGCAGGCGCGGGAAGAUAUCGCUCCAUGAAAUCCUAGCGUAAAUCUAACGCCGACUCUACACGACACGUAUCGUCCAACGAUUCCCCCAACAUUAUUUACGAUAUUCCAACACUAGAUACUAUAUUUCAUGGGCAUUGAUGGUUCGGUCGCGUUCGCACGCAUCGAUUGGCGAUGACUUAUUUCAAUUUAUAAUCAGCAUAACCAUCGUUGUUUUCAUUCAGGCUUUAUUUUACUUUGCAUCGACUUUACAGAGGUAGAGGUUGAAUGAGAUAGGCUUAUAAUUCAAACGAGUUCACUCAGUUUCGUGUAAGCAUUUGGAGUUGGACGGAUGGACGAUCGUAUAGUGCCAGCAUUACAAGUAUAACAAAAAUUGCUUAGAUACCUACAUAAAUAGUUGCAUUUAAUUUUGCACCUAACCGAGCAAAUUAUUUUAUUUUAUUCAUCCGGCUAUUUGUAUUUUGUUUUUUAUUUAAUUAGAUAUAAACUAGAUAUAUAGCAUUAGUCUUACAAUUAUUAGGUGCAGCCAAUUGCGAUUGGUUAAAUUGAGUUGUUAGGUUGUAAUUAGUUUUAAGAAAAAAUGUCAAUGGCAAAGCGAUCGCCGUAAAUCACACCUUAAAUGCUGAUUUAUCACAUACUCGGCGGUAAAAGAAAACAACGUGAAGAAAACUCGUAUGUCUGAGAAAUAUAAAAAAAAAAUAUUUCGAUGACAUGUUGUUAAGUUCGUCAACACACAUUGGGGCAGCGCGGCAGACACUUCCUUGCACUAUAAACCCUCUCAGAAACAAGAGCAGACCUGUGCCUAGGAUAAGGUGCGGCUGGGGUGCAAUUCAUAGUUUGUUGUUUUAAUUAUUAUUCUGACUUCUCUAGACUUAUUAUUAGUAGAAAGCAACCGCCUAUAUUUAGUUUUAGUCAUGAAUAAAUAAAUCGAAAACGCCUCAGUUUAACCAUCCGCAAUCGACUAUGCCUAGUUGUAGCCUGCUAAACCUAGCUAGCCGAAUAAAUAAAAUCAAAUUAUUCGUCUGGUAACCUGUUCAUUAGUAACUUUCUAUAUAAAUUCGGCUUUCUAGUCUACAAUUUGUAGUUUGGCUUAGUUUAUUUACUGUUCCUAAUUUAAAUUGUAUAUCGUAUAUAGAACGUCAUCUAUUGCAUUAAUUUCAGUGUUGCUAGAUUAACUGUCAUAAUCGUAUAAGUUAAGAUUCGAUGUACGCUAGAAUUAAAUCCCGAAUUGUGAUAAAACUUUCUUUAUACAUUAUAAAUUGUAUCUAUGAAUUUUAUACUAUAAUAUAUAAUAAAAUAAUCAUUUAUAUCUUACUUUAUUAACACUUAAUUCACAUUUAUUUUAUAUAAUUUACAUAUAUACAGAUAAAUAGUCUUCAUGAAAAUUCGUGAUAGAACCAACUACACGGUUUUCUUUGUCGGCAUAUUGUAAUCAUUGCUGCCGCAUGUGAGAGGCUGCCUCUGUUUAUAUAGUGUGUGUUAUUAAAAUUUGGUGAAGGAGCCAAAACUGUUGCCAAAAGUACACAACUCAUCACGUCCAUCAUUACUUAGUGUAUGCUUAAGACCGUCGUAUGUUUUAACGACUCAAGACAGACUUGAAGACUGGAAAGGUAUUGAAAUGGGAGCUUUAUAUUGAGUUGAUUAAAAAUCAUGUUUCUAAAUUAAAAAAAUACAUGCAUCAUACAAUAACUUUUUUUAAUUUCGGAUUUUACUUGAAACGAUAUAAAGGUCACAUUACAUAAUGUCUUUGAGUCGAAUUGGUGCUGAGUUGUUAGUUGUUAUAAUGUACGGCAGCCAGUAAUCGCCUAAUUUCUAUAUUAUCAAGAAUUGUGCUCACAAAAGACAAUUUAGUAGAAAGAAAGAAUGUAUGUAGAAGAAAGUUGUAGUAUGAUCGUUUGUAGGAAUAUUGAUCGGUAAUAUUUAACUAUGUAUUUGUGAUGACGGCAUUUAUUGGCCAAGUUAUUGAAAAUUAUAAGGAAUGUAAUUUUUUUAUAAUCUAUAGUUAAGUGCCACGCCUAAGUGAAUUAUACUAUAUUAUACAUAAUUAAGCUUAUUUAAUAUUGUUAUAGAUAUAAAGGUAUUGAGAAAAUACAAGUUUGCAU